AUGAAAAUUCUAAUCACAAUUUCUACUUUAGUGCUUAUUGUAUUUGGGAACAUCAGUUGCCACAGUAUCGAUGCAUGGAUUGUGGAACUGCCAGAGCGUAUCAGGAACCUGAUCAGAUAUGGAGAUGUUGACAAUGGAAUACCAGUUUUGGAUCCUUACGAGUUUCAGAAGAAGCAACUGCACUUAACCUCUGAGACGCUAACAUCAUCACUUUUCAGCGCCAACAUAAAUACAACUAAUGGAAAAUUCACUGGUUUAGGAGACUUCAAACUGCAAGAAUUUAACUUUACUAAAAGCGAAAUCGCCAUUGAAGUUAACUUUAACAUUCCUUUACUGAAAUUUUAUUCAGAAUAUUACGAAUUAGAUGGAAAUCUUUAUGAAGCCAUACCUGUAAGAGGGCAAGGAAUAGCCGAAAUCGAAAUACAUAAUAUAUCACUGAAAGGGAAAAUAUAUUUGAAACAGUCUUCAGAUGGUAACUCCGUCUUGCUGGAUAAGAUUGUGGAUCCUCAGUUCUCUAUAGAACGUAUUGUGUUCGACAAUAAUAUAGAUGACGUCAUCAACGCCAUGGUGGAAGAUCUCCUGGCCGACUAUUUGACGCGUUUUAACAAGUUCAUAGCCAACCGAAUGAAACUCGUACUGGUGUUGAUGCUGUGUGCCUUGGCGGCUGCAGCUCCUAAAUCUAAUAAACCAGUGCCAGCGGCUGAAUUCGCUGACACGAUCGAAAGUCGUAAUAUACUUGUGAAUGCCUUGGUCCGUCAGCUGAUCGCAUACGUUCGAUUCGUCGUCAACCAUGGUUCUUCAAUCUUCAACAUCCCUCCUUUGGACCCUCUAAAUUUGGAGGACUACCAUCUCAACGUUCCUGCUGGCCUUGUCAACUUGGACUUGAAGCUUUCCAAUAUAUUGGCGACUGGUCUGGAGGAGUACGACCUUCUUGGUGAUCUCUUCACAGCCAUCCCUCUGUACGGAAAAGGAAAAGCUCUAUUCCAAGUGGAAAACUUCAGGUUCCAAGCUAAACUGUACCUGAGGCAGUCCGAUGACGAGAAGUCUGUGCUCAUUGACAGGAUCGAGAACGUUUCCUUCCAAGUGCCCGGCUUCAAGUCGGAAUUGACCGGAGUCAUCGGCGGCGGUGACAUCGACGGUAUCGUCAACUCUGUUAUCGAAGAAGUCGUUAUAGACUACGUUAACAGGUUCCAAGGAGCUAUCGGCAAGACUGCCGCGUCCCUUGCCAUCUCAGGGCUGAACCCUCUGCUGGAACAGCUCGACACUUGGCGUUACAUCGCAGUCCUGAUACCCAGACGCCAAUAAACUGACCAGUAUUUUUAAAUACACCCUGUACCUGCCUAAGAUGAAGAUGUUGCAUUCGCAAGUUCCUAUGAGACGAUAAAAGAUGAACGAAUCGCUUGGUUUUUAGAUCGAGGAAUUCUAAUUCAUUAUGAUAUUACACAAUUAAAAUUUAUGUUUAUUUA